AUGGAGACUUUAUCAUAUGACCCCAAGGUCAAGAAGGUAUUGCUAGACGCGGAAGCAGCCAAAAGCUCACCAGCAUUAAAGUUGGAGAUUGACCAACUUAAUACUAUAACUCAAGAAUUAAUAAAUCAGGGAAAUGAUGUUCCGCCGGUACCUACACCUGAGAAUUUCAACAAGGACUUAUCUAAAAUGAUAAGGAAAUUGUAUGAAAGCGGAGUACAGUCUUUCAAAAUGGGUAAAUAUGAAGAUAGCGUCCGUCAAUUUUCUAUUGGUAUUGAGAUGAUUUGUAGAAGGCCCAAGCUUGAAAGCUUCCAAAGAACUAUACAGGAAUUGUCCAUGUUUUUAAUGAGCAGAACCGAUGCUUAUUUGAAAACUAAACAAUAUAUGAAUGCUUACAAUGAUGUUGAUUUAUUGUUGAACAUGCAGAUGAAUAAUCCAGAUAAUUUUUUAAGACGAGGUGUAGCCAAUUUCUUUUUGGGUAAUUACGAGCUAGCUAGAGCCGAUUAUCAGCGAGGAUUAGUCUUUGACGAAAAUCACCAAAGGUUGCAACACGAACUUACCAUUUGUCUCGAUAAAAUCUUGAAGGAAAAUGGUGACUACUUGUAA